GUACUCCUUUGGUCCGUGUGCAUCAUGGCGCCGACACCCUUAUCGGCCAUGGGAGGCAUCCUCAAGCACAUCCCAGAGAGCGUAGAUGAGGUUGACGUGAUCAUCGCCGGUGGCGGAACAGCCGGCUGCGUCGUGGCGGCGAGGCUUAGCGAUGCGGACCCGAACUUGUCCAUUCUGGUUGUCGAGAGAGGCCAGGAUAACUGGAACGAUCCGGCAGUGACGAAUCCGCUUUUCUUCAUGGACAAUAUUCUCAACAUUGGAAAGCCGAAUUCAAGAAUGAAGUAUUAUCAGGGACAGGAAGAGCCGUCCACUGCCGAUAGGGCGAUGACUGUCCCCGUUGGCAAUAUUCUGGGAGGUGGUUCGUCCAUAAAUAUGCUCACGUACACGCGGGCUCAGAGAGAGGAUAUGGACGGCUGGAAGAUGCCCGGGUGGUCUGCCGAUGAGAUCCUUCCAUACAUGAAGAAGCUUGAAACGUACUGCGGCCCUGGAUCCCCUGAGACACACGGCUUCGACGGCCCCAUUCAAGUCUCAGAGGGGCCCUAUGGACCAACACAGCUACAAGACCAGUUUGUCAAAGCCGCAGCCAAGGUCGGCUUGCCGGAAUCGGUCGACCUUCAAGAUCUAGACUCCAGCCAAGCAGUGCAACGCAACUUGCGUUUUAUCAGCAAAGAUGGGACUCGCCAGGAUGCUGCUCAUGCGUAUUUGCAUCCGCGGCUGGAGGGCGGGAAACAUCCAAAUCUUCACGUACUGACUGAGCACGAGGUAUUGCGAGUAGUCAUUGAGGACGGCAGGGCCAUCGGCGUUGAAUUACGCGGCGUUGCCGACUCAAAGAACAACACGCAAGUCCAGAGUAUCAAGUCUAGGAAGAUGGUAGUAAUAUCUGCUGGCACCGUGGGCACUCCACUGCUGCUUGAGCGGUCAGGCGUCGGCGACAGAAAGGUCCUUAAUUCCGCCGGCGUCGAUGUUGUUGCCAGUGUACCUGGGAUCGGCCAGAAUUUUCGAGACCAUCACACACUGUUGCUGUCUUACUACACCAAUUUGCUGCCCAACGAGACAUAUGACGAGCUCCUCAAGAACCACACAACGUUCAAGCAACUUAUAGAUGAGAAUGAUCUGAUGCUCGGUUGGAACUCUGCCGAAAUCACAUCGAAGCUGCGUCCGACGGAGGAAGAGAUUGGCCUCAUUCUGAGGGAUAACUCGGCUGCGCUCAAUCUCUGGGAACGCGAUUUCCAGAGCACAUUAAACAGGCCGAUCGCCACAAUCUCCACUGCCAACGGGUUCAUUGCCCCAAUACCAAAGUCGGACGAGAACGAGCGAUUUCUGAGCACCGGUAACUUCCUACUCUACCCUUACUCUCACGGACACGUACAUAUCACAGGCCCGGAUAUCAAUGACGAGGUUGACCUCAAAACCGGCAUUUUGUCUGAGCCGUCUGGAUUCGACCUCGCCAUGGCCAUGUGGCUGUACAAGAAACAACGCGAGAUCGUUCGGCGCCUAGACGUCUACCGCGGGGAAUUCGCACCUUUGCACCCUCCCUUUUCCGCCGACUCGGCCGCCGCGUGCGGUAAGAGAGACGCGUCACUGCCGGCCGACGUCAAGGACAUCAUCUAUACCGCGGAGGACAACGCGGUACUCGAACAAUGGGUACGCGCCUCCUUGGCGCAGAACUGGCAUGGCAGUGGAACGUGCAAGAUGGCGCCGCUCAGCGAAGGGGGCGUGGUAGACCCGGCUUUGGGGGUCCAUGGCGUGGAGGCUUUGAAGGUUGCAGACUUGAGUGUCGUUCCUGUUAAUGUGGCGGCCAACACGGCCAAUCUGGCUUUCACUAUUGGGGAGAAGGCUGCCGAUAUCUUUGCUGGGGAGCUUCUAACGUCUGCCUGAAUAGACUCUGAGGAUGAUAGCUGCAUAUGUAUUUAACUUCAUUCGAAUAAUUCGUUGCAAUCUCUUUGCCA